UUGCAUUAUCUCACUGAACCAAACACUGCCUAAAUGAGAGCAUUUUGGAUAAGUGGCUUUAUUCACUCCUGUGAACCAGCUUCGGUCAAAUUUCGUAGUCCUUCGUUAUUUCUCAGACCAAAUGAAAACUGCAUAUUUGGCUGCUUGUGAAAGAUGCGUGACAAUUUGGCCUCUCUUCUAAAUAUCUUCCUGCAUAUGUUUCUUUUGGGCCCUUGUGACUUGUGAUUAUCUAUAUACUCCAAUCUGUUUCUGGAUAUCAUUUGGAGCGUGUUUGGCUUUUCCACCAAUUCAACAUAUUGUUGGAAAGAUGAAGAUUUUAUUGAUUUUGCUGGUGUUUGCUGAGGUGCUGGCAAUUGCCAGGGUCUCUCUCUCACUGACACCAAUUAAUGAUGCUUACCCAUCUGGGUAUGGUGAUGAUUCGGGUGCCUGUAGUGGGACUGAGGAGAAAUUAGUUCCUGUGAGAAGGGAAGUUUAUGGUAAUGGAAGGAUUUUUGAUAUAACUCAUAGGAUCAGUUCCGAAGCACUUUUUGAUGGCUCUGAGGAAGUUGGAGAGUUCCUAUGGCUUUCUAAGAGCAUGAAGAAUGGUUCAGAUUAUAAUUUUUCUAUCAUGAAAUUACCUGUUCAUUCUGGUACUCAUGUUGAUGCACCAGGGCAUAUGUUUGAACAUUACUUUGAUGUUGGGUUUGAUGUGGAUACUCUUGACCUUGAUGUCCUCAACGGUCCAGCUUUGCUAGUUGAUGUUCCGAGGGACACAAACAUAACUGCCGAAGCUAUGAAAUCCUUAAAUAUUCCCAAGGGAGUGCGUCGCGUGCUUUUCAGAACAUUAAACACCGACAGGCGGCUAAUGUGGAAAAAGAACUUCGAUACCAGCUAUGUGGGCUUCAUGAAAGAUGGGGCACAGUGGUUGGUGGAUAACACUGACAUCAAACUUGUUGGGAUUGAUUACUUAUCUGUUGCUGCCUAUGAUGAUCUGAUUCCUUCUCAUCUUGUUUUCCUAGAAAGCAGGGAAAUCAUUCUUGUGGAAGGCCUGAAAUUAGAUGAUGUUAAACCGGGACUAUAUUCGGUCCAUUGCUUACCACUCAGGUUGCUUGGCGCUGAGGGCUCACCUAUUAGAUGCAUCCUCAUCAAAUAAGGAAACAGCAAAAUCCCUGAGAGUGGAAGGCUUCUUGAAAUGGCACAAUGCUUUGGUGCAGAAAAUGUUACACUGUGAGGGAAAAAAAGACUAGAAUCUGUAAAUACUUGUUCUCGUGUUGGUCAUAUGGCUAGCCGUAUCAUCAGCUAGGGAUAAAUAUUUUUCUGUUUUUGCAGAUUUUGGGACAUGCAGGAUAUUAAUCAGAAUUAUUAAAUAACGUAUUUAUAAAUGGACUCUGUAUUAAAUUUCUA